GCAGUGGGCGGCGCCGCUCCGGGCCGCCUCCGCCACCGCAAGUAGGAAGCGCGAGCGCCAGGCGCCGAGCUGUCAGUGAGCGUGGGGCCAGCAAGCGAGAGAGCGGCUCCGGCUUUGCUCCGCGCCGCGCCGACCCGACGCUCCCGGGCCAGUGCCGCUUUCGCGCCUGCUCUCCGAGACCUCGGCCACCUGCCUGCGGUCCCGCCGCCCCUCCCCCGCCCGCCCCCGCCCUCCCGGGCUGCUGCUCCCCGGCGGAGGCGAGAGGUGGCUGGGGGGACCAUGGCUGACGUUUUCCCGGCCAACGACUCCACAGCGUCUCAGGACGUGGCCAACCGCUUCGCCCGCAAAGGGGCGCUGAGACAGAAGAACGUGCACGAGGUGAAGGACCACAAAUUCAUCGCCCGCUUCUUCAAGCAGCCCACCUUCUGCAGCCACUGCACCGACUUCAUCUGGGGGUUUGGGAAACAAGGCUUCCAGUGCCAAGUUUGCUGUUUUGUGGUUCACAAGAGGUGCCAUGAAUUUGUUACUUUUUCUUGUCCGGGUGCAGAUAAGGGACCUGACACUGAUGACCCCAGGAGCAAGCACAAGUUUAAAAUCCACACAUAUGGAAGUCCCACCUUCUGUGAUCACUGUGGGUCACUGCUGUACGGACUUAUCCACCAAGGGAUGAAAUGCGACACCUGCGACAUGAAUGUUCACAAGCAGUGUGUGAUAAAUGUUCCCAGCCUCUGUGGAAUGGAUCACACAGAGAAAAGGGGGCGGAUUUACCUGAAGGCUGAGGUCACUGAUGAAAAGCUCCAUGUCACAGUACGAGAUGCAAAAAAUCUAAUCCCUAUGGAUCCAAAUGGACUUUCAGAUCCUUACGUGAAGCUGAAACUUAUUCCUGAUCCCAAGAAUGAAAGCAAACAGAAAACCAAAACCAUCCGCUCCACACUGAACCCCCAGUGGAACGAGUCUUUCACAUUCAAAUUAAAACCUUCAGACAAAGACCGACGACUGUCUGUAGAGAUCUGGGACUGGGAUCGAACAACAAGGAAUGACUUCAUGGGAUCUCUUUCCUUUGGAGUGUCAGAGCUAAUGAAGAUGCCAGCCAGUGGAUGGUACAAGUUGCUUAACCAAGAGGAAGGUGAGUACUACAAUGUGCCCAUUCCAGAAGGGGAUGAAGAAGGCAACGUGGAGCUCAGGCAGAAAUUCGAGAAAGCCAAACUUGGCCCUGCUGGUAACAAAGUAAUUAGUCCUUCAGAAGACAGGAAACAACCUUCCAAUAACCUUGACAGAGUGAAGCUCACGGACUUCAAUUUCCUCAUGGUGCUGGGGAAGGGGAGUUUUGGGAAGGUGAUGCUUGCUGACAGGAAGGGAACAGAAGAACUGUAUGCAAUCAAAAUCCUGAAGAAGGAUGUGGUGAUUCAGGAUGAUGAUGUGGAAUGCACCAUGGUGGAAAAGCGGGUCCUGGCCCUGCUGGACAAGCCCCCAUUCCUGACACAGCUACACUCCUGCUUCCAGACCGUGGAUCGGCUUUACUUCGUCAUGGAAUAUGUCAACGGUGGGGACCUCAUGUACCACAUUCAGCAAGUAGGGAAAUUUAAGGAGCCACAAGCAGUAUUCUAUGCAGCAGAGAUUUCCAUUGGAUUGUUCUUUCUUCAUAAAAGAGGCAUCAUCUAUAGGGAUCUGAAGUUAGAUAAUGUCAUGCUGGAUUCAGAGGGACAUAUCAAAAUUGCUGACUUUGGGAUGUGCAAGGAGCACAUGAUGGAUGGAGUCACGACCAGGACCUUCUGUGGAACACCAGAUUACAUCGCCCCAGAGAUAAUUGCUUAUCAGCCAUAUGGAAAGUCUGUGGACUGGUGGGCCUACGGUGUCCUGUUGUACGAAAUGCUAGCUGGACAGCCUCCAUUUGAUGGUGAAGAUGAAGAUGAGCUGUUUCAGUCUAUAAUGGAGCACAACGUUUCCUACCCCAAAUCCUUGUCCAAGGAGGCCGUUUCCAUCUGCAAAGGACUGAUGACCAAACACCCAGCCAAGCGCUUGGGCUGUGGGCCCGAGGGGGAGAGAGAUGUGAGAGAGCAUGCCUUCUUCCGGAGGAUCGACUGGGAGAAGCUGGAGAGCAGGGAGAUCCAACCACCGUUCAAGCCCAAAGUGUGUGGCAAAGGAGCUGAAAAUUUUGACAAGUUCUUCACACGAGGGCAGCCUGUCUUAACGCCACCAGAUCAGCUGGUCAUUGCUAAUAUAGACCAGUCUGAUUUUGAAGGGUUCUCAUAUGUCAACCCCCAGUUUGUACACCCGAUCUUGCAGAGUGCAGUAUGAAACUCACCAAUGAGAGCAAAUGCUUCCCUAUCCCCUAACCCCCAACCCCAGAAAUGGGAAAUUAUCCUUAAUCCUAAUAUUUGAAGGCCACAGCCUGUGUCUUGUUCCACAUGGAGGCCUGAAAUUUGUAGGGUCAUUAGUUCACAUGUGAUUGACUUUUCAGGGUCUCUCUCUUACAACCAAGAACAUUGUCUUAGUGGAAGAUGACAUAUGUACAGUGUCCAGUUUAAUUAUGUAGAAGUCACACCUGGCUGUAGGUUAACAUUUCCUAGAAAGCAAACAGACUCUUGCCCCUUUUUGGUACGAUUUGACAUAUUCUCCAUAUCCUCCAUCUGUGGAUUUUCACCAUCAAGAUCCCCUAACCAGAGAUAUUAAAUGAAACUGUUCCAACUCAAUGGACUGGAAACAUCUCCACCCAAGAUGUCUUUGGAAUGAAAGAACAAGGAGCCCAGAGAGUGAGCAAAGAGGGACUAGGGGUAGGAGAGGCUUCAAGAUACCUACUGCUUCUGUUCUCUGCCUCAGUGGAAAAAGAUCCUAGAAUCUGAAAGGCUAGAAUGGACCUAAUCACUGUUCCCAAAGAGUAUAACCCAACUGUAGUCCAGCAGUUUAAGAAAGAAAGGAAAAGAAAAUGAAAACUUCAAAUGAGAGUUGGGUGAAUCUAUCAUCUGUUGCCCUACUGGUUGAUAACUAUCUUGAUACUUACAUUCUUUUUAAGAGGCCAAAUCAUCUAAGGAUUUUCUUAAAUGAGCAUGUGAAAUCAUUUCAGAUCAAGGAUAAACUAGUCUGUAUGUAUGUCCAUUUUAAUCUCUGGGAGAUUAUUCUUCAAUCCAGGGUGCCAUCAGUAAUCAUGCCACUACUCACCAGUGUUGUUAGCCAACCUCCCCCCCACACAUGAAUAUUUUGGUACCUAUGUUGUUCUUGUUACCCUUCCUAAGAAGCUGAAGUGUAUACCCCACUCCCUUUUUUUUACUUAUUUAUUUAAUAGGCUGCGAUAUCAUUUAUGAAAGUACACUGUACAGUAAUUUAACAUGUUGACUCUAGCAUCAUCAGUACCUAUUGAUUUAUUUUUCUCCCUUCUCCAGCCCUUGACAUCCACUUAGGGAUGAAAAAUAAUACAGGUUGGGUUCCCACUUCCAGUUGUGUUGAAUGACACAACUGAAGCUGUAGAACAGGACACUUGGAUAUUUAUCAGCUGAAAGAUGUUUUCCUGCUAGAAGGAUUUUAAUAUGUUUUGCAGAUGCAUCAUGCAAUGGAUUUUGCAUGUUUAUAAUAAACCUUAAUAACAAGUGAAUCUAUAUUAUUGAUAUAAUCGUAUCAAGUGUAGAGUAUUAUAAUAAUUUUAUAAGAUACAAUUGUGCUAUAUUUGUGAAGGUUUAUGUUUAUCUGCUUUUAUGAUUAAGUUUUAGUUUAAUCCUUUGCUGCUGUGCUUUCUCUUCCCCCUCCCCCUGCACAUUGGCACUGUAUCAGAUAUAUUAAUUUUGUAAUGUAGAUUUAACUUCAAAAAUGAAUGGCUAUUUUACAUGUUUAAUUAGGAGAUUUUAUAUAUAUAUAUAUAUAUAUAUAUAUAUAUAUAUAUAUAUAUUUGAUUCCACCUGCAAACCAAAGUUUUGUUUGUGGGGAUUAUUUUUGAGAUGAGACUCUCUUAGCUUCUUAAUAUCCUCUUUCAUUUGAGUUCCUCUUCCUUUUGGGGACAGUGAGAAGUGUUUGAAUCCAGUUUUCGUGGUAUGUUUGUGUACAUGUGGCAUUGUCACAACACCUGGGCUGAAAGGGGUGUGUGUGUGUGUGUGUGUGUGUGUGUUUCUGUGUCUGUGUGUUUUGUUCUUUCAGCCUGUGAUUGUUGGGGACUAGAGGGGAGCAUGGAUGGAACAAUUCCCUACUUGCUAUGUGUACCUGGACACACCAGAAGGACGUAGACUGUAUUGCUGCCCCAAAAUGACCCACCAUUGUUCCAGAAGAUACAAGCUUUGUGAGACAAACCAUAUGUCAGUCCCUGCAGUUACCAACACACUCUUUUCAGAAGCUGCACAUUUCAUUCUAGCUGUUGCUAGAAUUGGUCAUCCCCAUCUGCGAGGAGCAUGCCUUUGGCAAGACAUCCUCCCAAUGCAUUGUCCUGAGAAGAACUAGUUUUCUGCAGCACAAAAAAGGAGUCAGAAUGAAAGAAGCUAUUGGUCCUUAUAGAAAGCUGUUCUGUUUCCUCCCAAAGCAUCUCCAGCUAAGCUCUCCUUAUUUUUACUCUCUGGAUGUUUGUCUGAAGUUCAUAUAAUGCACUUACUCUGGUACUUUCACAUAAGAGGCCUGGAAAUCCCUGGAAGGAGACUUGGAGUAGGAAACAGGCCAGACCAGAAAAGAGCAGUUUCUUUGGCCAUGUUUUAUGAACUCUAGACUUUAAAACUCAAAAGGGGUCCCUGCACAUUGACCCCUGAAGUCCUGCUGAUCAGCUUACAUUCUGGGAACAUGUCCUUAUCAAGACACUCCAUUUUGUCUAAUGGGAAAAGAAUUUGUUUAUAGAAAGAGCCUAGGAGACAAAAGUCAGUCCCCUCACCCCAGGUGGAGCAGCAACAAGGCUGAUCCCAGCCAAGCCCCACGAGAUGAGGAAAGUCCUGGAAAGGAACACAGGUUACAGACCAUUUGUCCAGUGUGCCCAGCUGCUGCUUAUUUUAAGCAAGCAGCAGGCUUGAGCUUUCCCUCAGCCAAAACACAGCUUUAAAUGAUUGCUACUCUAGAAAAUAUGUUCCACCUCUCAGCUGUCUUGUGUUCCUAGAGAAUGUGUGACUGUUUUUCAAAGUAAGGACCCUGACCCUGGGGCCAGCACUCUGCCUAAGGGACAACAGACUGGAAAACAAACUGGGAUGGGGUUGAGGGAUUAAUGGUAAAAAUCAGGGCCUGAGGAUGUGUUCAUUGUGUAGCCUGUUUUAUACAAUGAGUAUUAAAUUUAGAGAAAGGCUAAUGCUUUAAAAAAUCUGUUCAGCCCAAGGCAGUUAUUGCUGAAAGACUAACUUAUGUGGAUAACCAUUAACAACUGUGAUCUACAGAAAUUACUGAGGAAAUUUCAAUACCAUUUUCUUACUUUACGGACCUUGCAUGAAGUGGAACAGCAGGGAAAGGCCUAGUGUUUGGACUUCAGCAACUGUGUUGGAGGCUGGCAUCAGAGGGGACCUUGAAGGGGACUCAAGAGAGUACCUGACCCUGAGCACUGCCCGCAUUGCCAGGCCCUGUAGACAAAAAUCUAGCACAUCUGAGUCUCUGCAGGACCCUUCAGGCUUGGACCCCAAAAGGCAAUUUAAAUUGUUCUGUGUUAUUUUCCCUCAGAAAGUGGCUGGUGCUCAGCAGCAGAACUUCUGUGGCUGUAGGCCAGUGAGCUGGCAGCCCUGCUUUUAGCAUUGCGUCCAAAGUCACCCGUUGCUUGGUUUGAGUGGAAGGAGCCAGAGCAUGCUAUCAGUUGCAGCCCUUGGGAUAAUAGGAGGCCUACCUCCAGGCAGAAAGUAAUAUGACAGGUGGAUGAGAGACCCCAGGAACCAGAGUGAUUGCUCCUCACUACAUCUCCUCUUUUAUCCCUGUGGCCUCAUUUGAGUUGCAGAAUUGCUGUCUGCCUUUUCUCAAAGGAUAUAUUAGGCUUUUUAUUAGGAAUUUUGGUAGAGAGCUGGGGUGAGGGGGUAUACAGAGCUCUCUGGAAGCUUGUCCUGAGUUGAUUGGUUGAAAGAUUGUCAUAGACCAAGAUUAAUGUGACCCAGCAAAGGAUUGUUGGUCACUUCUGUGACUUAACAUCCUUGGCAGAGAUGACAGGAACUUGCUGGAAGUAGGGUGUUGACCCCAAGAAAGCUGCCCAUUGACAUGCUGACAAAGGACAGUGAGUUGGGGCUGAACUGGCUGGGAGCUAGAGAAGAGAGCAUCCAGAGAGACCCUUGUAUAAAGGGCCAAGGAGCAGCAGUAUCUCCGUGGCUUUCCAUCUGGGGCACUGGUACAGACCAAGUCACCGCUGGUCUUCAAGACUGUGCUUUUUGCCAGGGACACAGCCUGUUCCUCCUGGCCCCAUGCCACCAACAUCCUCACCAGCUUCCAGAAGCUCCACCCCUCCUUGAAAUGGCUCUCAGUUCUUUGGGCACAGUCAGAACACCUAGUGGGCCUGGGGGCCAGCUGCUUCCACCCUUUCCUCUCUGACUUCCUGCUGAGCAUUAUGGCUGCCAAGGAUGGAUGGAGAAGUCGCAAAAACAGCAAACACUGCACUUCCCACCUGCUUCCACUUAGCAGAAGUAGGAGGCUUUUUUGCUGGAAUUUGUUUUCUCAGUACUGAAGAGAGAAAGUGAGAGUGUUAGGUUUUAAAAGCCUCCAGAAGGUGACACCAUCUGACAGUCAUUUUCUCACCUUGGUCUCAUGAAGUCAUCAAUUUCUUGUGUGUACACAGACUGUUUCUUGUUUCUUUGUAACCCCGCCAGGGCAGGCGUGCCUGGCCCCUCCAGAGCACACCAACCUGCUUUGAAAUGGACGCUGAGCCAAAGGCCCCAAAGGGUGAGGACCAGGACAGUUACAGGGACAGUGACAGGCACGAUGGUGAUAAGGGAGGAGAAUUGCACUCUGGUUAUUCAUGUGUACACAUUAACUUGACCAACAGGGUUGGGAAAUAUUUUUAAAUCAUUUUUCUUGAGCUGCUUGGGCUACAGUUUAUGAAAUAUACUGGUCUGUCAACAUUCCCAUCGUGUCCCAUUUGAGCCAAUGCAGCAAACUAGGUAAGACGAUACAUUUCUGCUGUUAGAAAACUUGAGAAAAUUAGAAAAGGUUACCUGAGUUGUAUGUGGAUGAAGGCAGACAUCCAGGAAUGAUGCCACCUAUUAAUUCUGUCGUGUCUGCACUCAGUGGACUCAAAGUGUGCAUAACUCACCCCUGUGCCUCUCAUCUGUGUGAUCAGCUGUCAGUUAACAACCACGUAGGUCACAGACAUCAAAUGGCCUUACAAUGACCCUACAAUAAAGCCCAUAAGUUCCAAAGACACUUUUUUAUCCUAAAGGAAGAAAUUAAUUGGUUAAUUCCAAGAGAAAACAUACCAGGGCUAUUUGUACUUUUUAUAAAGAACUUUAAUAAUUCUUUUAAAAUGAGUUUUUUAAAUGAAGCUAUGACAAUUUCGUAAAAUUCCAAUUGUGUGGAGCCUGAAGGAAGACAGCCUGGGUCAGCUAGGAUGUCCCUGACCUGCAUUCCCACUGCAGGACUUAGUUAGCCAAGCCGAUGGAGUGUGUCGUCCACGUGAGAAGGGUUGCAAGCUCCGGUGGAACUUGGCAGGGUGACGUUCUUCCUGUUUCUGAUAGACAGGAUAAUUGCCUGAGGUUCAGAUAUUUUCAAACUGUAGGAAAGAUGGCUAUAUUGUCCCCCUCCCCGAUGCAGCCCUAGAGGAGCACUCCCAGGGUCUCUGGGACCCUUUGUCUUGCUCUGUGAGGCUCUGUAACCACCUUUUGGUGAGAGGAGAAGGAUGCUUCCUCAGCUGUUUUCAGCCCUCCACCCAUCCCCAGAUCUCUCACAUUUGAUGAAAAUUCAGAGAUGCCCUGUUAGGAUUUUGCCCACCGGGCAAUUCAGAACUACUUCAAUAUCCCAAGAAAUUAGAAGCAGCAGAAAAUUUGCCUCCUAGCUUCUGUUUCAUAGCUAUUGCAUAUGUGAGUAGACAGAAUCCUACUUUUCAGAAAAUAGGUAUCCAGUUCACUUUAUAAAAACCUUUUUUUUCCCCUAAAGACAAAGGUGGCUUUGCACUUUCUGAUAAAGCUGUGUCUUUGUCUCCUGCGCUUAACUUUAGGAGUAUCUCUUCUUGGGGUUGUUUGUAGAUUCCUGUUGGUAUUCUCUCUGGAAAAAUGUCAUUCUUUUUUGAGAGGGUUCAGUGAACUAUUCAAAAUUACACGUGCAGGUGGUUCCUAUUUUGAGUAAAGAUUUUCUAAAAAUUUACCUCCUAUCCUUACUAUUACGGUCUUUCAGAAUAUCUUUUAUAGACAGUCGGAAACAUUUGAAAUUGGUUUUCCUACAUGUUACCUGUUUUUGUUUUUUGAAAGCCAUGCCAUUUUUAAAGCAUUUAUUGAAAAACAUCAUAUAAGACCCCAAAUUUGUAUGGAGAAAAAAAAUGGACGUUAAGGUUUUUCCUCCUGUAUAAGCACCUAAGGACAGAACAUAGAGGUAAUUCAACUGUCAGUUAACAUUUGGUUAUAUAGCAGGUGAAAUGGAUGUGUAAAUUACUGCAUUGCUUUCCUCGAUUUGUAGGACCUCUAAUCUUUGUUUGCAUGAUUUGCUUUGUUAGGUACAUUAAUUGUAGUUUGGAAGCAAGUGUGUAUGAAUAAAGAUAAUGAUCAUUCCUUA